AAUUUUUUUAUUUCUUUAUUUGUUGUUUUCUGUGUAGAUAUAGUGAUUGUGUUCAAAUUUUUUACCCUCCCAAGAAAAUGACUACGCUAAAGAAGACAAAGCUCCCAAAGAAAAAAAAGAUGGCAGCAGAUUGUGGACCAGUUGGGCCUGGGCCUGCCAAAUACCUCCUGCCCCCGAUGGUCGGUUAUGAGAACCACGCGGUAAACCGUUGGCGAGGCCCAGCAUUCAGCUUUCGCACUGCAGGAGUCUCGUCUGUGCUAGAUGAGCUCGAACAGACACCAGGACCGAUUUACAAUGUCUCAGGGCUGACCAGGUUUGGCAAGAUCAAGUCUCACGGGUUUAAAAUCAAGUCAAAAGGACACGCCAAGACAACUAACGAGAAUCCUGGCCCUGGUGAAUAUUCACCUGAAAGACCAUCAAUCAUGAUUGAUUUUAGGCAGCCGGGAUAUUCAAUUGCCGGGAGGCAUGUUUUAAAACAGAAACAAGUGACACCAGGACCGAAUCAAUACAUAGUACCAGAUUGUUUAGGACAAUAUGUACCUCAUUUAGCAUCACCUCCGUCAUUUUCAAUAUAUGGCCGACACCAAUUUGAGCAUACGGAAAAAACACCCGGGCCAGGGGACUACUUGCUUCCAGAUACGCAGGUUUACAAGUAUCGGUCUCCACGUCCUAUUAUGCCUACAAAGGCUAAAGAGGUGGCGACUGUGAAAUCACCAGGCCCGACUGAAUACUGCGUCGAUUUUAAACCUGUCUGCAAGAGUCCGCCUGCUUACACGUUUGGCAUCAGGCCCCCACGAUGCAAAGGUGUCUUUGCUACCCCCCUCGACAACCUCAUCUGAAUAAACUCACUUCUGCAUUGUUGUAAAAUGCCGUUGAA